UGGUAAUUGGUGACACGAGCUUCGGAGCCAUGUAGAAAUUCUUUGGGGUGUAUCGACAAGUUUGAAAACAAGUGUAGUAGAGUACUGUACGCAUGAAGACAUAAACAGUCCACCGUUUUUAAAUUUUCUUCAGGUUGUAAAACCGAAGUGGGACCAUGGGAGUGCCAGCAUUUUUUCGGUGGUUGAGCAGAAAAUAUGCAUCAGUCAUCGUGACAUGUAUUGAAGAGAAGGCUAAAGAAAUAGACGGACUGAAAGUUGAAGCGGAUUCGAGUCAGCCGAAUCCAAAUGGCGUUGAAUUUGAUAACCUUUAUCUAGAUAUGAAUGGAAUUAUUCAUCCUUGUACGCAUCCUGAAGACAAGCCAGCACCAAAGGAUGAGGAUGAGAUGAUGGUUGCUAUCUUUGAAUGUAUUGAUCGAUUAUUCAACAUUGUGCGCCCACGCAAACUGUUGUACAUGGCCAUUGAUGGUGUGGCACCCCGGGCUAAAAUGAAUCAGCAACGGUCACGGCGUUUCAGAGCUUCUAAGGAAAGUGUUGAGAAAGUUCAAGAAAUGGCUCGUAUUCGAUCAGAAUUGGCAGCAAAGGGUUGUUUCCUGCCACCAGAGAAACCAAAGGAGAGCCACUUUGACAGCAACUGCAUUACUCCUGGCACACCAUUUAUGGCUAGACUAUCCACAUGCCUUCAUUACUACAUACAUGAUCGUCUUAACAAUAAUCCAGGCUGGAAGGGCAUUAAAGUAAUUUUGUCUGAUGCUAAUGUUCCUGGUGAAGGUGAACACAAAAUUAUGGAUUAUAUAAGAAGACAAAGAGCUCAACCUGACCACGAUCCAAACACUCAACAUGUGCUAUGUGGUGCAGAUGCUGAUCUUAUCAUGUUGGGAUUAGCCACACAUGAACCCAAUUUUACAAUCAUCCGUGAAGAAUUCAAACCUAAUAAGCCUAAACCCUGUGAUAUAUGCAGUCAGAUGGGUCACGAGAUGAAAGACUGUCAGGGACUGGAAAGGGAACUUGCAGAUGGUGAAGUAGAGCCUGCAUUUUCUGCUGAAGUGGAGUUCAUAUUUGUGCGUUUGAGCAUCUUGCGGGAAUACCUGCAACGUGAGCUGGAGAUGCCUGGUCUUCCAUUUCCGUAUGAUUUUGAGCGUGCUGUAGAUGAUUGGGUCUUCAUGUGUUUUUUUGUGGGAAAUGAUUUUCUUCCUCAUCUACCUUCACUUGAGAUCCGUGAGAAUGCUAUUGACCGUCUAGUUAAUUUGUACAAGAAAGCAGUGUAUAAAACUGGGGGUUUUCUGACUGACAGUGGUAAUGUAAACCUUGAUCGGGUGCAGCUAAUCAUGUCUGAUCUUGGAGAAGUAGAAGAUGAAAUUUUCAAGAGCAGACAGGAAAAAGAAGUUCGAUUUAAAGAACGAAACAAGGCACAAAGGAAGAGGCAGAAACUACUUAGAGAUUUUAAACCAGCAUGGACACCUGUUGGACAGUAUGCACCCACACCUGUGGGGCAGCCAGUCAACCCUAUCCAGAAUCCACGUCAAGAAGCCUACAGAAUGCGCAUGCAAGCAAUGAAUGCCUCAAAUACUGGGCUCAAUGCCUUAAUUGUGCCAGAGGGUGCAAACCGUGGUGUUAAAAGGAAAUCAAAUGAAAUGGAAGAUAACUCAGACUCAGAGGAAGAAGAGGUUAAUGAUGAAGUUCGCUUGUGGGAAGACGGUUUCAAGGACCGCUAUUAUGAAUCUAAAUUUGAUGUGGGACCUGAUAACAUUGAAUUCCGUGUCCGUGUGGCACAUGAAUAUGUCCGUGGCCUCUGUUGGGUGCUGCGGUAUUAUUAUCAGGGUUGUGCUUCAUGGAAGUGGUACUUUCCAUAUCAUUAUGCUCCUUUUGCAUCAGAUUUUAUCAAUAUAGGUGUGUUAUCAACAGAAUUUGAAAAGGGAACAAAACCAUUUCGACCACUUGAACAGUUGAUGGGUGUGUUUCCUGCUGCUAGCAGUUCCCAUGUCCCUGCACCAUGGGCUAAACUUAUGAGUGAUCCUGACUCCAAUAUAAUUGACUUCUACCCUGAAGAUUUUAAAAUUGAUUUGAAUGGCAAAAAAUUUGCAUGGCAAGGAGUAGCUCUUUUGCCAUUUGUUGACGAGACAAGACUAUUUGCUGCACUUGAACCGUAUUACAGUUGUUUGACUGCUGAAGAAAUUAAAAGAAAUGUACGUGGAGACGACAGAUUGUAUGUUACUAAACAGAAUUCUGGAUUUAACUUCAUCAGAGGAUUGUAUCAAGAGCAAGUGGAUCCUAAUGUGGAAGUCAGCAUCAGCAUAGAUGGAAUGAGGGGCACAGUGCUCUUAACUAGUGACUGUGUUCCACAGGGAGGGUCUCUAAAUUCUCCUGUGGUCGGUCUAAGCACCAUAAAUAACAAUGAAGUAUAUUGUGUGAAAUUCAGAGAUCCGAAGUAUGCUGAUACUUUCAUCUUCCCAGCCAAAAGAUUGAAGGGUGCCAGGGAACCACCAAGAGUGCUGAAACCACAGGACUUGAAUGCUCAUGACUCUCGAAACUGGCGGCCACAGAUUGGAAUGUCUCCUGCCACACAGAGAGCCUCAUUAGGGGCAGCAGGGCACCGAAUGCUUGGGCAUUACAAUCAAAAUUCCCCACAACAGGCAACAGGACUGUACAACCAGUUUGUUGCUGGUGGAAUAUUACGGCUUUCUAAUACCUUCCAAAACCAGGGGUCUGAGGGUGGUGGUUUCGGAGGAGGGCGUGGCCGCCGUGAUCAGCCACAGGACCGGCGCGGAUUCCACAGCACAAACAGCAGCAACACAUCCAGUAGCGGCUACGGGUCCGGAGAUAGUAACAGGUACGGCGCAGUCAACUUCGACUACAGCAGCAGGCGGGGUGACCGCGGUGGCAGCGGCGGUUACGGAAGCAGCAGCGGCGGUUACGGAAGCAGCAGCGGCGGCGGCCGCACCUUCCGCGACGACGGGUCAGACGCCGGUCGCAGCUUCCGCGGCGGCUCACGCGACGCCAACAGCUUCGGCGGCCGUGACUACCGCGGCGGCGACGCGGGCUACAACAGCCAGGGCGGCGGCCGCGCACACAGCAACAGCUUCGGCAGCAACAGCAGCGCCAGUGGGGGACGCAGCUACAAUAGCAGUAGCGUCAGCAGCGCGGGUUCGGGCGGCGGCGGCGGCCCCAUGCGUAGGCGCGAGGCAGCCGCCGUGCGCAGCUAUACCACGGGCGCUGGCGGUUCCAGCAGCACGUACAGGACCACCGGCGGACCGGCAUCCAACUUCGGGGCUGCUGGCGCUGGAGGUGGCCGACGUGGUGGUGGAAAUCAAGGCUACACCUCAUCACAACGUGGUGCCGAUAGAGGCUCCAGACGCAAUUUUCCAUACUGACGCAGAUAGCAUUUUAUGGCUGUCUCAGCAUGAAACGUCAGUGAUCAAGUGACCUGAAAUCACCAAAGGAUCUCUGUUGUCACGUGAUGAAUUUAUAUUUUAUGAAAAAAAGCUAGAAUUUAAGUUAAUUAGAUAUAAACUUUUUGUAGAAAUGAACACAAUUAUUUCAGCUGCACUUCUUAAUAUUUCAUUGUCACUUUCUCAAGCGGAGUGCAGUCUGAAUGUUAAGUGACAUAAUUCAUGCACAUGACGAAACCUAGUUCACGAACUGCAUUCUAGUUUUGAUUAGCUUCUGAUGAUGAGGCUCAGUGCUCCCCAUCUGGAGGGACCAGAUUUUAAACUUUUCUUAUGUCCUCAUAAUAUUUGUCAUCAUUUAUUGUCCUAGAAAGGUCUGUGUUCUGUUACUGUCAGUGUGGCAGAAAUUGACUGCCAUAACCAUUCCUCAUUGUCAUGAGUGUGUACUAUGUGCUUACACAGGAAGUUUCUAUUAUUAGAUACUGUUCAUUGGUGAUAGAUUAUCAUCAUGGUAGAGAAAACUGUGUGUUACUUUUUUUUAAAUUACUGUAACAAUUUCUACCAUGCCUCAUUAAAUUACAGGUUUUAGUAGAAUA